GCAAUGUGACUCUGAAGCAAUAAAAGUUGUCAGUGCAACCGAAGAAAGUGAAUGAGAGCAGAAAACGAAAACGAAACCGAAAACAGAGAAGAAAAGAGAGUAAAAGAAACAAACAUUAUUUUGAUAUAGAACACACAACAAGAAACCGAAGGAAAGCAAGAUAAAUAGCCACAAGGACAACGCCAAGUGAAAAGCAGCAAAGAACAGUGACAAAAUAGUUGUAGAAACUGCAGAAACAAUUGAAACAACACCUGAUGGCAACAACAGCAACAACUAAAGUUGCAGCAGCCGUGCUGGCGGCACCGGCCAACAUCAGCAGCAGCAGCAGCAACUGCAACAAUAAUAAUAACAAUAAUAACAACAACAACAACAACAAUAACAGCAACAACAACAACAUCAUCAUUAUAAGUGAACCAAUUAAAAUACCAUUGAGCGAGCGGUUCUCGACGCAAACAUCAACGGGCUCAGCGGACAGUGGCUGCAUCGUGACGAGCGCCUCACAGAAGCAGCUCUGCAGCGGCAGCAGUGGCAGCGGAUCGCAGCAGACACUGCUGCAGUUGCAACAGCUGCCGCCGGUGCGCAGCAGCAGCGGCUCCCUCAGUCUGCACGGCCCGCUGCCCAAAUGGCAGCGACAGCAGCAACAACAACAGCAGCAACAGCUGCUGCUGCUCAGUCAGGAUAGCGGAAUUGAGCAGAGAGUCGGCGGCGAUGUCGACGGCGAUGGCGAUGUCGACGGCGACGGCGAUGGAGGCGUCUCCAGCGGUGCGGGCGGCGCCCAAUCGAACAGCAGCAGCGAAUCCCUCGGCAGCAGCAGCGGAAACGAACAGGUGGCUUCAAUUGCUGCUGCAGCUGCUGCUAAUGGACGCGGACGCACACGUGCCGCCUCAGCGCUCGAGCUGAGCAGCGUGGGCGUCGGCGGUGGCAGUGGCAGUGGCAGUGGCAGUGGCAAUGGCAGCGGCAGUUGCGUCAACGCCAAUGGGCUGCGUCACGUGAAAUACAAAAGUACGAAUAGUACGGGUGGCACGCAGGGCUUUGAUGUGGAGGAUCGCAUCGACGAGGUGGACAUUGAUCAGGAUGAUCUUGACGAGGACCAACAUCAACAGCACCAUCACCACGACGACGACGACGAUGAUGUCGAUGUCGAUGAUGAAGAAGAGGACGAGGAGGAUGAUGGCGUUGCUGUCGAUGUCGACGAGGAUGAUACUCAAUCGGGCAUUGUGAUCAACAUUACCAGCCAUGUGGAUGAGGAGCAACAACGUUUGCUUGCUGCCCAGGCCGCCCAGGUGAAGGCUGAGGAGGAGCUGCCAUUGGAGCUGGCGCCAUUAACUGUCGCCGCAGCGGCUGCCAAGCGACGAGAUAUCCGAAAUUUGGGCACCGAUGGACGCAUCUAUUUUCCGCUGUUAAAGAUUAGCGAGGAUCCGCAUAUCGAUGCGAAGCUGAUCAAUCGCAAGGAUGGCCUCCAGGACACCAUGUAUUAUUUGGAUGAGUUUGGUAGCCCAAAGCUGCGCGAGAAAUUCGCACGCAAACAGAAACAACGCCAGGCCAAGCAGCAGAAGGCGUUGAUCAAACGGGAGCGCGAGGAGCAGCGCAAGAAGCGCAACACAACGGUGGCCUCCAAUUUGGCGGCCAGCGGCCUUGAUGACACCAAAGAGCAACCAACAGCAACAGCAACAAUAACAACAACAACAACAAGCAACAAUCACUGUGAUAGAAAUCGUUUAACGAUUAACAAACAGCUAUCGGAUCCAGAUCAUCAGGCCGCUGUUGGUUCUGCUGAUGAUGCUGCUGCUGCUGCUGAUGAUGAUGAUGAUCCCGAUGUGAGUCUGGUGAAGAUGCGUGUUCGCAGUCACAGUCAUGAUAAUCAUUACGAUGGCAGUCGAACGAAAUGUGGUCGACGUUACUCCAAUGAUCGACACGAUGCCACCGAUCCCGAUCCGGGCUAUGUGGACGAUGAUGAUGAUAUUGAGACGGGAGCGGAGGCUGAAUCGGUAAUCGGUAAUCAAGAUGCCGGUGAUUGUCUCGAGAGUGUAAAGACUGCUAAAUUGGCUAGAACACAAUCCUGCGUUAGUUGGACCAAAGUGGUGCAAAAAUUUAAGCACAUUUUAGGCAUGAAACAAUUGAUCGGUAAAUUGAAUGAUUUGUGGCCCGAACAUAGCGUCGCAUUAUCCAUUCCAAAGGAGGUCGAUAGGAGCAAGGAGAAACUUGAGGGCGCCUGGGAAACAAUAGGUCGUGAUGGUUCCAAAAUUACAACAGUCGUUGCAACGCCUGGCCAGGGCACCGAUCGGGUUCAAGAAGUUUCCUAUACAGAUACAAAAGUCAUCGGUAAUGGCAGCUUUGGCGUCGUCUUCCAGGCGAAACUCUGCGAUACCGGCGAAUUGGUUGCAAUCAAAAAAGUUUUACAAGACAGACGAUUUAAGAAUCGUGAAUUGCAAAUAAUGCGCAGAUUGGAGCAUUGUAAUAUUGUAAAACUUUUAUACUUUUUCUAUUCGAGUGGUGAAAAGCGUGAUGAAGUAUUUUUGAAUUUAGUCCUCGAAUAUAUACCAGAAACUGUAUACAAAGUGGCACGUCAAUAUGCCAAAACUAAGCAAACGAUACCAAUCAACUUUAUACGGCUCUACAUGUAUCAAUUGUUCAGAAGCUUGGCCUACAUCCAUUCGCUAGGCAUUUGCCAUCGUGAUAUCAAGCCGCAGAAUCUGCUGCUCGACCCGGAAACGGCCGUACUCAAGUUGUGUGACUUUGGCAGCGCCAAGCAGCUGUUGCACGGCGAGCCGAAUGUCUCGUAUAUCUGCUCGCGGUAUUAUCGUGCACCCGAGCUAAUAUUCGGCGCCAUCAACUAUACAACUAAGAUUGACGUAUGGAGCGCCGGUUGUGUGCUGGCCGAACUGCUGCUGGGACAGCCCAUAUUCCCCGGCGAUUCGGGUGUCGAUCAGCUGGUCGAGGUGAUCAAAGUGUUGGGCACACCGACAAGAGAACAAAUACGCGAAAUGAAUCCAAAUUAUACGGAAUUCAAAUUUCCCCAAAUUAAAAGUCAUCCAUGGCAAAAAGUUUUCCGUAUACGCACUCCGACAGAAGCUAUCAACUUGGUGUCGCAGCUGCUCGAGUACACGCCCAGCGCCCGCAUCACACCGCUCAAGGCCUGUGCACAUCCGUUCUUCGAUGAGCUGCGCAUGGAGGGCAAUCACACCUUGCCCAGCGGCCGCGAGAUGCCGCCGCUAUUCAACUUCACAGAGCAUGAACUCUCGAUCCAGCCUAGCUUAGUGCCACAGUUGUUGCCAAAGCAUCUGCAGAAUGCAGCUAAUCGCGCCGCGGCCGGCGGCACAACAACUGGCGCGGUUAGUGGCUCCACCAGCGUCUCCUCCACAGGCAGCGGCGCUUCCGCGGACGGUGCCGCCCAGUCACAGCAGCAACAGGCGCCCGCAUCAGCAGCAUCGACAGCAGCAGGCGGCGGCGGCGGAGGUGGCUCAGUCGUUGGCAACAAUAGCAACAAUAGCAGCAGCAACAUUGGCAAUGCAACUGCCGUCAAUCCAAAUGUUGGCGCUGCAACGUCAUCAACAAAUGCCCAGCAGCAGUCUACAAAUGCUGCGGCAUCAACUGGCAACGGCGGCGGCGGCGGCGGCGGCAAUGGCAACGGCGGCGGCAACGGAGGAGGCAAUGGUGGAGUUGCAACAACUGCAAAUGCAGCCGGCACGAUUGCCACUAGCAAUGCUGGUGGCGCCAACAUAACAGGCUCGCAGUCGAACAGCGCCUUGAACAACAGCGCAAGCGGCAAUGGUGACGGUGAGGCCAGCGCCGCUGGGGAAGAAGCCGGCGGCAGUAGCAACGGCAGCGGCAAUGGAACCGGCAAAGACAACGGCGCAGCAGCAGAGACCGAGACGGUGGCGUCAGCGUCAGGCAACGCAUCGGGUUAGCACAGCACCGGCUGUGCUUCGUUAAUGUAAAUGUUGUUUACAGCGUACUGUUAUUAACAUUUUUUUCGCUCGCCUCUUAUUCAAUCGAGGCUUAAGUAAAUUAAACAGCAUCCAAUUUACAAAUUCACACACAUACAUACACACACAUGCAGAGCCAGCCACCAGCCAAA